AUGACCCUCGACAUCGCGAUCAUCGGCGGCGGCGUCGGCGGCCUCACAGCCGCAAUAGCACUGCGCCAACACCCUGCCCUCCGCGUCCAGAUCUAUGAGCAGGCCUCUUCAUUCCGCGAGAUCGGCGCUGUAGUUGGUUUGGCGCCGAACGGGCUACGCACGCUGGAGAAGCUGAGCGUCGACGACGUGUUGACUGAUGCGGUGGGAUGGCGGAAUCCGAGUGGGAUUCCCAUGAUUUUCAGGCAUUGGCAGACGGGUGAGAUAUUGAGUACAGAUCAGUACCAUAACGUCCAGGAUCGGCGCCAUCAUUUUGCGCGGGUGCAUCGCGCGAAGUUACAGAAGGCGCUGCUUAAGAAACUGCCGGCGGAUAUUCUGCAUCUUAGCAAGAGGGUUGUAUCUGUCAUCGCGGAUGACGAGAAAGUGACCGUUUCAUUUGAGGAUGGGACGUCAAUCACGCCCGAUCUGGUCGUUGGUGCUGAUGGGAUCAAAUCGAGAGUCAGGAAGGCCUUCGUCACCAACCAUGAAUUAAGCUGGACCGGGGAAGCCAUCUUCAGAUCAACAUUUCCGUACUCUUUAGUUUCUGAUAUCAAGGAUCUACCGCAAGACUCAAUACAUUGGACCGGCCCAACAGCCUGGCUCUUCGGAACCCGCAUCGGCAACGACGAAUACGCCAUAACAGCCUCCUUCCCCAUCAACCAGCUCGACCCCACCGCCCCCUUCCAAGACAUCGUCUGGAACGCCCCCGCAGACCCAGAAAUCCUCCACGAAGCCUUCAAAGACUUCCACCCCACCCCCCGCGCCAUCAUCGCCAUCAUCCCCCACCUGCGCCGCUACGCCAACAUCGCCGGCGCCGCCCUCCCGCACUGGUCCUUCGCCGCCGCCCGCGUCGUGCUGCUCGGUGACGCGGCCCACACGCACGGCGGCGCCUUCGCGGCCGGUGCGUCGCUUGCUAUCGAUGACGCUUACGCGCUGUUUCUCGCGCUACGAGCUACCAUCCCUGUAGUCCCUCUCACCACCCCGACUGCAGAAGAGAGCGUGGUAACGAGAGAGCAGAUCAGUCUGGCGCUGGGCUUGUACGAGGCAACGCGCCGCCCGCAGGCGGAUCGCGUGCUCAGGACUGUGCAUCAGGGACAUGGGGAGGCGAGGAAGCGGUUGGAGGGGGUUUGGCGGACGGGGGUGGGGGAGGGGGAUGGGGCUUUUAGAGCUAGGUUUAAAGAAAGGGAGGAUCCGGUGUGGUUGACGGAGCAUGAUGUUGAGGCGGCGUUUGAGGGGGUGUUGGGGAAGGUGCAGGAAGGAGCAAGGGGAAGGGGGGCUAGGGGGGCAGGUGGGGAUGGGGUGGUAGUGGAGGCGAAGUUGUGAGGGUUACUGAUGCGAGAGUCACGCUUGAGCACGCUCAAGUUAUAUCUAGGUCACGUUUCUUAACAGAUCAGCCCCUGACUUCUCUCCACAAUGCAUAUUUUAGCUAUAAAAACUGCUUAAACAUUGGGGAGGGAUAACGGUACACCCCCUAAUCACUCCUUGUACACCCCCUUUUCACUUUCAGACAAGUUUAAAAGGAACACCUUGACCAAGCGAUGUAAAGAAAUCAGGCCUUCCUCCUUAACUCCGCUUUUGCCCAAUUCGACGUCUUAAUUC